GCAUCGAACAUGUGUUCGCAGUGUUCGAGAGAAUCUUGACGUCUGUUCUGUCAAAUACACCGUUUUUUAAAUCGAACAGAGUAAAUUUAUUUUGACACUUUUGUUGAAAUCGUUAAUUGGUAUGGCAGUGUGUAGAGAAUAUAUUUGUAGCCAAUUUCCUACGAUAGACGAUGAUUUGUAUCAAUAUGUGGAAGGUAUUUUAGAUAGCUCUAAAGAUGAUUUCGAGGAUGGUGACGAGGUUUAUGAAGCGAUAGGACAAGUAUUACACGAGGUCGAGGAAAAACCAGAGAAUGAAAUUAGGCAAAUAUGCAUCAAAUUAUUGGAAAUGUUAAAAGGUGGUUCAAAUGGCGAAAACGAAGAAAGGAGAAAAAAUGGUGUGAACAAGGUAUUAAAUGCACCUAUACAUUUAGGAACUAUGGCUGCCACUUCAGAAGCUCAAGUAGAACAAAUAAAAAGUAUAUGGGUUACUACUAGAGAUGAUGGCAUGAAAGUAGAUGCUAAGAAAUUGGAAAAGGCAGAGGCAAAACUACAGCAGAAACAAGAGAAACGAAACAAUAAUGAAUCAUCUGGACGUAUUAAUCCAGUAUACUGUAGUAUAGAAUCCGCAAGUACAAGUCAAAUGACGAGUAAAAAGGAUAGUAGAAUGGAAAACAAGGGUGGUGUAAAUAAAACUCAGGACAUUAGAAUAGAAAAUUUCGAUGUGGCGUACGGUAAUCGAAUUUUAUUGCAAGGAGCUGAUUUAACGCUCGCAUUUGGUAGGCGCUACGGUCUUAUUGGCAGAAAUGGACUUGGUAAAACUACUUUGUUACGAAUGAUAUCUAGUAAACAGCUGAGAAUACCAUCUCAUAUACAAGUACUGCACGUAGAACAAGAAGUUGCUGGUGAUGACACUUCUGCCCUUGAAUCUGUACUAGAGUGUGACCAAGAAAGAAGCAUGUUGCUUAGUAAAGAAGCGGAAUUGCAAGCUGCCAUAGAAAAGGAUGGUGUCAAAGCAAGGGAUGCAUUAGGCGAAGAAUUAGCUAAAGUAUACGAAGCAAUGCAACUAGCUGAAGUAGAUAAAGCACCUGCUAGAGCUAGUGCAAUAUUAUCGGGUCUCGGAUUCUCCGUCGAAAGACAAUCGUGGCCAACUAAAGCUUUCUCAGGCGGUUGGAGAAUGAGACUUGCACUCGCACGAGCGCUGUUCUCCAGACCAGAUCUUCUCUUACUUGAUGAACCUACGAAUAUGCUUGAUAUUAAGGCGAUACUUUGGUUAGAGAAAUAUUUACAAUCAUGGCCUACAACGUUGCUUGUAGUUUCGCACGACCGAAACUUUUUAGAUGCGGUUCCUACGGAUAUACUAUAUUUACGUGGACAGAAAAUAGAGGCUUAUCGUGGUAAUUACGAGCAGUUUUCGAAAACUAAGGGAGAACGUGAAAGAAAUCAGCAAAGAGAGUAUGAAGCGCAACAAGCUAGGAGAGUACACGUGCAGGAAUUCAUUGGUCGAUUUCGAUACAAUGCAAACCGUGCUUCUAGUGUACAAAGUAGAAUUAAGAUGUUGAACAAAUUGGAAGAAUUAAAACCAAUGGAGAAAGAAGGAGAAGUAACGCUUCGCUUCCCGGAUGUUGAGCCAUUGAGUCCUCCAAUAUUGCAACUUAACGAAGUGUCCUUCAGUUACAGUGGAGGCACCGAUGACUCGUACAUACUCAGAGGCGUGAAUUUAACUGCCAGUUUACAAUCUCGUAUUUGUAUCGUAGGAGAAAAUGGCGCGGGUAAAACUACGCUUCUAAAAAUAAUAACAGGUGCGUUGAGUCCGACACGAGGCACUGUACACAUCCACCGAAAUUUGAAAUUCGGUUACUUUAGCCAACAUCAUGUAGAUCAACUGAACAUGCAGUCGUGUCCAAUUGGAUUGUUACAGAAGAAUUUUCCCGAAAAACCUGUUGAAGAAUAUAAAAGAAUGCUUGGAAGUUUUGGAAUAAGCGGUAAAUUAGCUUUACAGCCUAUCAAUUCGUUGUCUGGUGGACAAAAAUCAAGAGUUGCAUUUGCGUUGAUAGCUGCUGCUUCACCAAAUUUUCUAGUACUCGAUGAACCAACGAAUCAUCUUGAUAUCGAAUCAAUCGAAGCUUUAGGGAAAGCAUUAAAUACCUGCCAAGCGGGUGUAAUAUUAGUUUCACACGAUGAAAGAUUAAUUCGAAUGGUAUGCACCGAACUCUGGGUAUGUACACAGGGUUCUGUUCGAUGUAUCGAAGGAGGUUUUGACGAAUAUCGGAAGAUCGUUGAAAAGGAACUCGAAGUAUAAAGAUUAUUUUAAUUUAAAUGCAUUUCCGCUUUGCAUUGUCCUGUAUUAAGUUACUGAUGUGAAAAUUUCAAUUCAUGCGGAUAAAUGACAGAAAGAAAGUUUAUCGCAACAAAAUUUGGACCGUUCACGGGCAAUGCAUGUUACAUUGUCACAAAAGUUACAUUCUCUAUUUCAAACAAAAUCAUGAGCAUUAAUACGAGAACUCUGCAAAAUAGACUGAAUCGUCGAUUAAUAACGACUAAGAUUAAGAAAGUUUCACAUCGUUCAAUUGUCAGUUAUAACUAAACACUGAUAUUUAAUAUUGUACAUUAGUUAAU